AUGUUUCUUGUCCCGUUUCUCCUAAUUGUGCUCAUUUUACUAGUGGCUGCAAAAUACAUCCACCUCUACUUCUCCCACAGAAAACUAGCUUCCCAAUGGCACACUGAGCCCAUCGAAUUCCACAGAAACACGCUCCAGACGCUUCCGAUUCUCUUCAAUGGCAGCGAAAACAUCACAUCGGGCCGUUUUUUGCAAUACUUGACUGACCGCUUUGAAAUCAGAAAUUGUACUGCUUUUUCUCUCACAGUGCCCUUUUUCAGGCAGCUUAUUCUCAGCAGAAGCCCAGAGGUGAUGAAGGCGAUGUUUUCUACGCAGUUUGGCGAUUUUAACUUGGGUGUUCGGCGCCCUGCGUUCUUCCCGCUCUUGGGUAAUGGCAUUUUCGCCUCUGAAGGCUCUCAGUGGAAGCAUCUGAGAAAUUUGCUCAAACCACAAUUCUCCAAAGAGCAAGUAGGGCAAGUUGAGAUGCUUGAGCCGCAUGUUCAGAGUUUGGUGACUCUUAUCAAAGGCAGUAGCGGCUUUUUCGAUAUCGAGGCGUUGUUCUAUGCGUUCACGUUGGACGCAGCGUCGGAUUUUUUGUUUGGCCACAGUGCAGACGUUUUGGGGGGAGCUGUGGUGGAAAGAAAAGAACGAUCGGGCUCUUUUUCGGGAGAACUUCUUGUCAACCGCCUGUCGUUUGACGCUGCGUUGGGAUUUGUGGGCACAUACCUCCAGAUCAGGCUGUCUCUCUUCGAUCUUUACUGGCUUGCCAACUCCAGAGAGUUUCAGAAGAAUAUAGGCAGGAUACACGCCUACACUGACCAGUAUGUGGAGAAGGCGCUUCAGCUCACGCCAGAGGAAAUCGAGCAGAAAUCAAGAGAAAGCUACAUUUUCCUCUAUGAGCUUGUGAAGCACACAAGAAAUCCUGUGGAGAUAAGAGAUGAGCUUUUGAAUAUCUUGAUUGCAGGAAGAGCAACCACAGCACUGCUUCUUCUGCUGGUGUUCAUGGAGCUCUCAAGACGUCCAGAAAUAUGGGAAAAGCUUCGCUCUGAGGUUUUGCACCAUUUCGGCGAAGGUACGUCUAAAAUCUCCUUUUCCAGCCUCAAAAGGUGCACAUAUCUACGCUACGUUGUCAACGAAACACUCAGAUUGUGGCCGCCUGUUCCUCAGAAUCUCAGAGAAGCCGAAAAGGACACCACGCUUCCUGUUGGAGGAGGAAAAGACGGCAAAGCUCCGAUAUUCGUUCGGAAAGGAUCAAUUAUCGUGAUCCUCGUUUAUUGUGUCCACCGGUUGAAAAAUCUAUACGGAGAGGACGCAGAGGCGUUCCGUCCAGAGCGGUGGGCCGGUCUUUCCAAGAUUGGCUGGGGAUUUAUGCCAUUUGGAAGCGGUCCACGAGUUUGCCUUGGGCAGCAGUUUGCACUCACAGAGGUCUCUUAUGUUUUGGUGCGUCUAGCACAGACUUUUGAGACAAUCACUUCGGGAGAGAGAGAAUACCCUCCGAAAAUGUUGGCUACGGCAGUGUUGAAGUAUAAAGACGGGGUGAAGGUGAAGUUUGGCGAGUAA